AUGGAAUUCACCCGAGCAGUGACUGGUGUGGCCCGGGUGGCCUCUGGCUGUGCCGUAGCUUUGCCUGUGGCCAGGGUUGCUACAGUUGUGAGUGGGGGAGCCACGGCGGUGCAGGCUGUGCCUGUGGUGCUCGGUGCCAGGGGCUUCACUGGGGUGGGAAUGGCCGAGAACUCCAUAGCAGCCAACGUGAUGUCCGCAGCGGCCAUCGCCGACGGGGGCAGAGUUGCCUCGAGCAGCCUGGUGGCUACUCUGCAGUCACUGGGAGCAACUGGGCUCUCCAGGUUGACCAAGUUAGUCCUGGGCUCCACUGGGUCUGCCGUGGCGGCUGGCUUUGUGAGCUUCUUCUAGCUCCCUGCCCCUCGCCCUGCAGAGAAGAGAACCGUGCCAGGAGAGAAGGUGCCCAUCCGUCCUGACCCAGUGAGGAGCCAACUAUAGCAAAUACACCUUGGGUGAAAUACACCAAAUUCUGCACCCCCAGAGGAAAAUAAGAAAUAAAGAUGGAUUGUUGCGACUCUU